GAUGAGCCAAGAACAUGUGUUCCUUGGGGGACACAGGUGCAGAUGUCUUGAGAGAUUUGAAAUUGUGUUGGGAAAGCAGCUAUACAUCUCUGGGCUGCCUAGGCCAGUGGGUACCAGCAAAAGCAGUGCCAAAGCUCUCUGUUUUCCCAGGGAGUGCCAUCACCUUCCUUGAGGAGAGAGCCCGCCAGCUGGGUCUGAGCUGUCAGAAAAUAGAGGUGGUGCCUGGCUAUGUGAUCACUGUGCUGACUUGGCCAGGCACCAACCCGUCGCUUCCUUCCAUCUUGCUAAACUCCCACACAGAUGUGGUACCUGUCUUCAAGGAGCAUUGGCAUCAUGACCCCUUUGAAGCCUUCAAGGAUUCCGAGGGCUACAUCUAUGCUAGGGGCGCCCAGGACAUGAAGAGUGUCAGCAUCCAGUACCUGGAGGCCGUGAGAAGGCUGAAGAGCGAGGGCCACCGGUUCCCUAGAACCAUCCACAUGACCUUUGUGCCUGACGAGGAGGUCGGAGGUCACAAAGGGAUGGAGUUGUUUGUGAAGAGGCCUGAGUUCCAGGCUCUGCGGGCAGGCUUUGCUCUGGAUGAGGGCCUGGCCAACCCCACUGAUGCCUUCACCGUUUUUUAUAGUGAACGGAGUCCUUGGUGGAUACGGGUUACCAGCACUGGGAAGCCAGGCCAUGCCUCACGCUUCAUUGAAGAUACAGCAGCUGAGAAGUUGCAUAAGGUUGUAAACUCCAUCUUGGCAUUCCGGGAGAAGGAGAGGCAGAGGCUGCAGGCGAACCCUCACCUGAAGGAAGGGGCCGUGACUUCGGUGAAUCUGACUAAGCUCGAAGGUGGUGUGGCCUAUAAUGUGGUACCUGCUACCAUGAGUGCCUGUUUUGACUUCCGAGUGGCGCCAGAUGUAGACAUGAAGGCCUUCGAGAAGCAGCUGCAGAGCUGGUGCCAGGAAGCGGGAGAGGGGGUCACCUUUGAGUUUGCUCAGAAGUUUACAGAGCCUCGAAUGACACCCACUGAUGAUACGGACCCCUGGUGGGCAGCUUUCAGCGGGGCCUGCAAGGAAAUGAACCUCACUCUGGAGCCGGAGAUCUUUCCUGCUGCCACUGACAGCCGUUAUAUCCGAGCGGUGGGGAUCCCAGCUCUGGGCUUCUCGCCCAUGAACCGCACACCCGUGUUACUACAUGACCAUAACGAACGACUGCACGAGGGUGUGUUUCUACGUGGAGUUGACAUAUAUACACGCCUAGUUGCUGCACUUGCUAGUGUGCCUGCUCUGCCUGGUGAAAGCUGAGCCCCAGGCCUUCCAACCCUCAUAGCUUUCAGCCCAACCACUGCCAAGGAUCUGUUGCCCCCGCCCAGUAAUAAAGCCAGUGUUGAAUGGGAUGUUCUUUAUA